UUUCCUCAACAAAAAAAAUCUCACUUCUAUUUUUCUUCAAAUUAGAAAAUCUCAUGCUUAGAUAAUUCUAUUCUGGAAUAAAUGACGAUCGAAACGGCUACUGAAACCCAAAGAGAGCAAUUUAAUAAUGUUUUUUUAGACAACAAUUUAAUAAUGUCACGGAGCGUAGUCAUCUUAGCCCGUGAAAACGUAACGGACUUCCCGAAAUUAGAAACGGAAUACCUGAGGCGACCGACACUCGUACCCAAGGCUCGAGGUUCGGAUCCCGAGGCUGAAGACCGAACCAACUUCCACUCGCAGCUCUCUCCACUGACGCUGAAUCUCCCUCCUUGGCCCCUCUCUCAGUGGUUACUGAUGGCUCAUCACUGCGCCUUUACUGCUUUUCCCAAUUCUUCAAUUUCCAAUUCUUGGGGUUUCAAUCGGUUGAAUUUCUGAUUGGAUUCAGCCCUUCAAUUUCCCUCAAAUCUCCUGAUUCCAUUUUCAUCUUCUAAAGAUGAUGCACGCCAAGUCCGAUUCCGAUGUGACCAGUUUGGCCCCGUCGUCGCCGAGGUCACCGAAACGGCCGCUGUACUACGUGCAGAGCCCCUCCAGAGAUUCCCACGAUGGCGACAAAUCUUCGACCCACGCCACUCCCGCCUUCAACAGCCCCAUGGAGAGCCCCUCCCACCCCUCCUACACCCGCCACUCUCGCUCCUCCUCCGCCAGUCGCUUCUCCGGCACCUUCCGCUCCGCCCUUGGCCGCAAAGGUAGCCGGAAGCGCAACCACAAGGGCUGGCCCCAGUGUGAUGUCAUCGAAGAAGAGGGCGACUACGAUGAUCUCUACGCCGACAAAGCCUUGGCUAGACGCUGCCAGAUUCUCAUGGCUCUCCUUGCCUUUCUUUUUAUCUUCUUCUUGUUUUGUAUGAUCAUAUGGGGUGCUAGCAGGCCUUUCAAAGCUCAGAUCAGAGUCAAGAGUAUGGCUGUUCAUAACGUGUAUUUUGGGGAAGGAUCAGACACGACAGGAGUCCCGACCAAACUACUGACUACCAACUGUUCUUUAAGGAUUACUGUGUACAAUCCUGCUACUUUCUUUGGCAUUCAUGUCAGUUCCACCCCCAUCAAUCUUAUGUACUCCCAGAUUGCUGUUGCUACUGGUCAGUUGAAGAAAUAUUAUCAACCGAGACAGAGCCAUCGGAUCGAGUUGGUGAACCUUCAAGGGAACAAGGUGCCAUUGUAUGGGGCUGGAGCCAGCCUUGAAGCCUUGGAUAAAAAUGGAAACAUUCCUAUGGUGCUGGUGUUUGAAGUUCAUUCAAGAGGGAAUGUGGUGGGGAAACUGGUGAGAUCGAAGCAUCAAAAGCGUAUCUCCUGUUCUUUGGACAUCGACUCUCGUAACUCGAAGCCUAUGAAGAUUAAAUCUGACUCGUGUACAUAUGAUUGAGAGAGAUCUCCAUCUUUGCAUCUUUCUCUUCAUUGCAAGGGAAAGAUUCUACCUGUAGGAUCAUUUAAAGGAAAAACUAUGCUUGUAGAGAAAAGGCUGUUCAUUUAGUUCUUUCUUCCUUAUAGCCAUUGAAUAAUUGAGUGAGAAAAAGGAAUUAGUGAAUCAGUUUCUGGUACAUACUGUUGUUUUGCCAACUACAUUUCAUUACAACAACAGCGCAAUGAUGGUACAAUUAUUUGACAUAAUGAAAUGAUAUGUUCUUUAUGCUUC